AUGCUUCCGCCGUCCCUUUGGCUGAUGGUCGCGUUCGCGCUCCCGACCUUGACUUACAGCUCGCCAUCUCCACCGUAUCUCGUCGGCGACGAUUUCACGCAUCUGGUCCCGCGGCACAUGCUGUUCUUCCGGCAAUCCACGAAUCUGCAAACCUUUGACUCCGCGCUGGGCGGCGUCCAGGCAUCGCCGAUUGAGAAGUCUGGUGACAGUAAACGCCCGUUUAGCGUGGAUGGGGAUACGUUUCCAGACUUUGACACCGCGGGGCAGAGGAGCUGUGACAAUCAGUUUCAGGGGUGCAGUAAGAAGGCCAAUGAGUCGGGGAACAAAGGGGGCUUCAAGGUCAGCGACUGCGAUGAUCAGAAGGGAAAGUGCAACGAUGCGCAGAAGAGCGCGACGGUGAAGGACUUCCAGACCAGCGUCGCAAGUACGAAUAUCGGGCCUGAUCCGGAUUUCCCGGAUUUCGACCUCAUCUGCGAAUCUUGA